UCUAGUGAGGCGUGGAUUCUUUGUAAAAAAUAGGCUUAUGUCAGUAAAUAGUGAUAUUUAAGGAAUAAAUUACAUUAAAAUUAAAGAAGAGCAAACAUUUAGCUUAUUACAAUAGUUAUUGCUAAUUAAAAGCACCGGUAAACUUUGUUAAAAAAGGAUAAAUUCCAACACCUUUUUACUGUUGUUAUUUUUCAGUACGACGCAACUUUAGCAAAGACACAUUUUUAUUAUGGCCGGCGGCGGGGAUAAGGAAUUAUCUCUGUUAAUCAGUUCUACAUUAAACUGUUUUGGUUUCAGCAAGAAACAAGUUAUGAGGCGUUCAGAAUUUAUGGAUGAAAUAGCGAAAAUAAUACAAAAUAGACCUGAAAUUCCCUUUACGACUUUAAUUGUUGGAAGUGCAGGUGAAGGCGUCGGACUCUCCGAAAGUGAUACGGACGUCAUGCAAAUAUUCCCGGAUGCCUUGUGUGUCGAUGAAGGAACUGCUUCUGAGAAUAUUGUCAUUCUUAAAGCUGAUUAUUCUCAUACAACGCCAGGCUACACAAAAGUAGUACCAAUUUCAAUACCAAAUAAUCUGCAAUUUUCAGAAACACUCCGUCGUAUGAGCGCAUACGAAACCCAUAUGAAUACACCUAUUAUGGCUAGCGAAAAGAUGAAAGAUUUAUAUGAUGUUUUACACAAGGUACACGAUGCCAGUUGGAAAUUGAGUGGACCAGCUUUAACUUUAUUACCUGGAAGUGCAGGUGAAUCUGAUAAUGUAUUUUCUAUCUACUUCUUCGGAGGUAAUCAUUUACAAAAGUGGACAAAUAGGGAUAGGAAUCAUCCAUGGCCCUCAAAGGAUGUAAUAAAUGAAAUUUCUAACGCAGAAGGCUACAUUGUGCCGAUCGGUGACAAACAAAGCGAUGCUCAAAUGAUUGAAUGGAGAAUUUGCUAUACUACAUCCGAGAAGAAGUUAGUGUUAAAUUUGUCUGACGCACAAAUGAAGACCUAUGUAUUACUGAAGAUAUUAGCAAAGACAAUUUUGAAGCCGAAAUGCAAAUUUCUAACCUCAUAUAUUGUAAAGAACGUUAUUUUCUGGGUAAUGGAAAUGACAGAUUCUAGCCAGAUGACACCGGACUGCAUUGUAUAUUUGAUCAAAUAUGCAUUGAAUUUUAUAAAACACUGUAUUCAAAACAACCAUUUACCAAACUAUAUGAUACCAGAAAGAAAUCUGCUAAAAGGUAUGGUGUUGGGUAAAGAAAGGCAAAACACAAUCAAGUUUCUAGAAGAAUGCUUAGAGGAAGGUGGGUCAAUUCUCCUGAGAGUUCCAAAACUGUACCAUUGCAUUUCAUUAAGAAUGGUAAAUCAAGAUCUUGUUUUCAGGUUUGGGAAUUGGAGAGAUAAAGUCGAGCAGAGUGUGAUGAACUUUGAACGACUUUUAUGCAGAAAUAUAGAUUUACGUUCGAAAUAUCGUAACGUUCGUAAUAGUGGGGUUAAUAUACCAAAAGAACACAUCAAUAGGAUUCCUGCAACGGACUUAGAAAUCAUUGCUGCUCAAGCUAACGUGCUACAGAAUGUAUUACCAGACCUUUUCCCGUUAAUUUUAUCAGGAAAGUCAAUGGCUGACAUACGGAUACUUGCAAACGAAAGAUGUAAGCUUAUUGGUGUCUUGUAAAAUUAAAUGAAAAUAACUAGUACGUAGGUUAACGCAAGUCAUUAUGUCAUGCGUUUUUUUCUGUUAAUUUAUACCAACAAGUUUUGUAAUUUGAACAUUGCCUUUGCCAUGUUGAUCUUUGUUCUCUUAGUUUUUGUUAUUAUGUUUCAACAUAAUUAAAGCAUAUUCCUUUUGUUUUUGUUUAUCACAUAAUUAUGUAGAAAACAAAGAAACAUAAUCUUCUCUGUGCAUCAUUUAUAAAUGGAGAUCAGCAAAGCUUUUAACUGCCUAAAAUGUUUUGU